AUGAGGAAGACGUCAUACCCCGAGAUCGGCUACUACGGCGACGUGAUGAUAGAGGACCUGGCGCGCAACAGCCUGGAUGUGCCUUUCGACGUUCCUCUUGUACAAGAUAUGGACAUGACCGACGCCAAGCCCCUGGAGGUGUUCCUGAGGGUGCUGAACCUCAAGGGGCUCCUCAGUCCUAUGGACCGGACAACCCGGCUCCAGCACGGACGGCUACUCCGGGGACGAGCAGCGCACCGCCUACCACCUCGGCGGACCCUGAUGCAGACAGUGCCCGCCAGUGACAGCGAGCACGACAGCGCGCCAAUCGCGACCAAGGUGACGUGCGAGUCGUUCGCAGCUGAACGAGCCGAUCGUGCUACCAAAGGCGAUGUGGACAUCAAGGAGGUGUUGAGAUGCAACGAUCAGUACAGCAGGGAGCGCACCGAGAAGUGCCUCAACGCGCUCAUCAAGGAGUGGAAGCGGAAGCUGACCGACCCCUGGGACGAGAUUCAGCGUGCUCAGCGAGUUGAGUUGCAGGAGGACGCCGGUUACCUGAAUGCCAACUAUGCCAAGCCCAAGGACUACAGUGCAGAUGGCGAUAUAUCGAGCUCUGUUUUCCAGCAUUUUGGCAAGCAGUUUUUCUUCAGGUACAACGUUGCCACAGGCUCGCCGCCGGUGUUGGGGGUCGUCCACUGGUGGGCGGAUCAGGGCCAGUCGCAGGCGCCGGAAGCGCUUGGCGCCAUCGUGGCCCUCCGCGCCGACAUCGCGGGCUUGCGCGCGGAGGCGAGCGCCGUGGGCGAGCGGCCAGUCCAGGCGGCAGCGGCGGCGGUCGAGGCCCCGAGGAGCGAGGUGCAGCAGCAGGAAAACGAGGUCGACGAGGCCAGCGAGGGCGGCUGGCAGAAGCCGCGGCGCCCUGCAGCCUGCCAGGUGCGCGGUGCUGCCGCAGCGAAGCCCUUUGCGUCGCCCACGCGCAUCGAGGCGCUGGCGGAGGAGGCCGACUGCGACGGCGAGGGCUCGCCCACCGCUCUCUUGGCCAGCCGGGUGAAGGGCGGAGUCGGCGAGCACGAGUGCUACAUCCUGGACCCGCUGCGGGACGGCGAGGACGUGAAGGGCGAGCUGGACGCGAUGGCGUCCGCGCCGCAGCCCGCGCGCUGCGUCCUCACGGGCGAGCCGCUGAUGGAGCUGGUCGUCGAGGGUGGCAACGGCAAGACGGGCGUCGCGCCGCUGGCAGCGGACGGCUUCGACGUCGCCGCGUGGCCCGGCGGCGAGCUGGGGGGCAUCGACGGGCAUCAGGGGGUCGGCCGCAGCGAGGGCGAGAGCAAGCUGGAGGGCAUCGGCGCGCCGAAGGACGUCGACCGCAGCGAACCCCUGCGUGACGAGGGGGUCGGCCGCUCCGAGUUCGAUUGCAAGCUGGAGGGCAUCGAUGAGCUUUGCCGGCGGCAGCGGUCCAGGCUGCGCCCCGAUCCAGGCCAACGUUUCCACGUAGCCCUGCUAAAGAACGUCGACCACAGCAAGCUGGAUGGCAGCAGCGCGCUGAAGCACGUCAAGCAGGAAGGCGUCGACGCGAUGAUGGACGUCGACCACGGCGGACCCCUGCGCGGCGAGGGGGUCGGCCACUGCGAGUGCGAGGGCAAGCCGGAGGGCAGCGAUGCGUUGCAGGAUGGCCUGCCCACCGCGGACGACGCCGCCAAGCGGGCCAGGCAGGCGCUCAGCCUGGCCUCUGCCGAGCGCCGCGAGCUGGAGGCCCAGCUCGCAGCCGCCCGCGCCGACCUCGCCAUCGAGGAGAUCGGGGUGCGCGCGGCGGCGGUGGAACUGGCGGCGGCGGGCGGGGGAUCCUCGCCGGGAGCGGCGCUGGCCAGCAUGGCCGCCAUGAAGGAGGAGCCGCCCGACUGGGACGAGGAGGGCGCGCCGUCGCAGGCCGCGCCGGCGUCGCAGGUGCCCUGCAGCGGGGUCGCCGGCCAGGAGGCGGGCGAGGAAGAGGAACGGCGGGGGCUCCAGGACGCGUCGGCCGGCGAGCCCGACGACAAAACCGUCCUGUCCCAGUUCAGGGGGCUCACCAGCGAGCAGGCCGAGGCGAUCCUCGACGCGGUGAAGUCCAAAGCCGAGGCGGUGUGCGGAUCAUACAGUCGACCCCUGACGACCUGUCUAUGUUUGUAG